AUUUAUGACAAUCAUUGUAUGUAUUGACUAAUGAAAAGCAAACUUUUGAGUUUACCUUUUUGAAAGUAUUUUCGUGACCGAUGUCUGUGGCCAUCGGUGUCCAGUGGCCGCCGACGACAAGCGAUCACAAACUGGUGCCACAACAACACAAACUACAGACACUACAGUUGGCCACUCUAUCGGCCACUUAUAACAUUAUAUUACAGUUAAGCUUAAUUGUGGGCACAUUUGUGGCCAAUGCUGUCAUCUUGAGGUCCGUCAGUGAGGAUGUGUUUGCAGUGAUUAAUGUGAGAUUGUUGCUGUUGUACACAACCAUUCAGUUCUUAAGCCGGGAACCGCUCAGACGGGUCAGCAUAAGCGCCACCAAAUCACAUGAUUGGCAACUAUUGGUCAAUCUUAUCAGUCUUUCAAUCCCUUUAUCUCUAGUCUUUGGCACCAUUUUGUGUCUGAUCUGGUAUUAUAUUGUCGAACAGCCGGACCCACAACUAGUGGCGGACUAUGGGGUGGGUUUGGUCGCCGUCUUGGUCUCAGUGGUGAUCGAACUAUUGGCCGAACCGUUGUAUGUGUUCGGACAGACGCUAUGGUUUAUCAAACUCAAAGUGGCCGCCGACGGCCUCUUU